ACAUUUUCUCUUGCUAGCUCUAGAUCAAAGGCUCGUUUGGCUCCUCAGACAGCUCUACUCCGAGUAUUGUGUGCUCGUCUGCUCUUUUCUCUGGAUAUCGCAGUCUGUUUCUUCUAUCUUUGGAUUAUAUUCAUCUGAUGGUUUUCAACUCCAACUCGAUGUAUAGAAAUGGGUAAACUGCACUCGAAACAUGCCGCUAUUUGUAAACCAAGAGAGAGCCCAGAAGGCGAUAGUUUUGUAGUGAACGCCUGUUUGGCGAGGAAGGGCAUCGACGACUGGCUCGUGAAGCAGAAGUACUACUGCACGAGCUCGCGCCUCGAACAGCAGGACUGUCACCUGAAGAACAACUGCGACUUGUCCGCUCGGGACUCCAUGGUGGAUACGUGUGCGGAGGGACUCCGUCAUGAACAUUACCGCCUAGAAGUGGCUUUACCCCCGGAGAAGACAGACAGCUGCUGUGUGGAGGAGAAGAUGCAGGAGAGGGACAGCCAAUCACCCCCAGGGCCACAGAAGCAGCUCCAGUUUGAAGAGCUGGAGUGUGCCGUCUCUGUGGAGGAGGACAACCGACAGGAGUGGACCUUCACCCUCUACGACUUUGACAACAAUGGCAAAGUUACACGAGAGGACAUCACCAGCCUGCUCCACACCAUCUACGAAGUGGUUGAUGCCUCCGUCAACCAUUCCCCCAGCAGCAGUAAGACCCUGCGGGUGAAGCUGUCCGUUGCUCCCGACUCCAGCCAGCGGUGGAGGAGCUGCGCUCACGGUGCGACAGACUUGUCCCACUCCAGAGACAAAAACGACAAGUGCAUGGAUGAUUCCAAGACUUCGGACAAGAAGUCUCGAGCUCUGCUAAGGCGCCACCACAGCGACCACCACGCCCAGCCUGGCUGCCAGCGCCACUGUGUGGAUGAGAACCUGGAGCGCCGGAACCACUACUUGGACCUGGCAGGCAUCGAAAACUACACGUCCCGCUUCGGAACCGCUCCCGCUCCAGAACCAACCAAAGUGGAGACUCAGACGCGCUCAUCCAACCAGGGUCGUUCUCGCUCCCACGAGCCUGAAAACGGUCACGCCCAUUCACACCACCGCCGCUUGCAAACGGUGGUGGACGCGUCUGCUGCGGACGUCCUCAAUCCCGUUCGCCCCAAAGGACAAGACUCAGGGAAACACACCGUUCGCUCUCCAAAGACCCAGAGCCGCACGCCGCCGGCGCAGGUCAGCGGCCGGGUGAUGAGGAGCCGAGGCGUUCCCCCUCCCCCGGCUCUCCCCAGUCAGACCCCCCCUCACCAGUCCACAGCCCCCUACCGCAGACACAAACAGAGAUCGAAGGAGAGCCAGGGUUACCGGGCUCUGGGCUCUUUGGUGUCCCCGGGCCCGAUGGUGGAGAAGGAGCAGGUGAGGGACCUCCCCAGCGUGGUUCUGUACGAGGGCGGGCUGGCGCAGCUGGUGCAGCGGCACGAACACCACCACCACCACGAACACCACCACCACUACCACCACUUCUAUCAGUCGUGAACCUCGGGUUCUGGCUGGGACAGCUCGGUUCUUCUGGAGCCGAUCAAACCGGACCAGCAGACACGGUAGUGUCCUCAAAGCAGCUCGUCCUGCAAAGGGGACGCUGCGAUGGACACGGGGAGGACAGGAGGAUCACGGGUCCCAGUACCGAAAUAAUCAGUGUUAUCGUUAAAGGUCAGAGCAGCAGGUCCAGGGGACACGACGCAGACUUGACUGUCCUCUUGUCUCUGUGAUCAGACACCUGAUGGACCACACGCCUCCCAACCAGCACCGCCGUCCCUCCCCACACCACUAAAGGACAAGAAGGGACAAGAGGACGAGCAUGAGACUUUAAAAACAUAUAUGAAGGAACAAAGAUGGUGGAGGAGCAGAAGAAAGGUGUCCAAAAUGUGGUGUGUGUGUGUGUGUGUGUGAGCUUGUAUCAGUGAGUGUGUGUGUGCUUACACGUGUGUGUGUGUGUGUGCAAUUGUGUGUGUCUGUGUGUACACGUGUGUGUGUGUGUGUGUGUGUGUGUGUGUGUGUGUGUGUGUGUGUGUGUGUGUGUGCGUGCGUGUGUGUCUGUGUGUACACAUGUGUGUGUGUGUGUGUGUGUGUGUGUGUGUGUGUGUGUGUGUGUGUGUGUGUGUGUGUGUGUGUGUGUGUGUGUGUGUCUGUGUGUACACGUGUGUGCGUGUGAUUGUAUGUGUGUAUGUGUGUGUGUGUGUGUGUCCUUACACGUGUGUGUGUGUGUGUGUGAUUGUGUGUACACGUGUGUGCGUGUGAUUGUAUGUGUGUAUGUGUGUGUGUGUGUGUGAUUGUGUGUGUGUGAGAACCACUUGAAGCAUGCUUGUGAGGUCAUCAGGUGACUGAAGUCCUUUUAGGUAAAAACAGGAAGGAGAAAGUCCUGAUUCUGCUGCUACCUCUGCUUCAUCCUGCUCCGUGUUGUCAUGGUGACUUUGGUCAAACAUUCAGAGGUUUUUUUUUUUUUUUUUUCAAAAGUACUUUGAUGGAAGGAAGAUAAAUUCUGUUGUUUCUGCUCUGAAAUGUGGAAAAGCUACUUAGAUGUAUUAACUAACAUGUUCUGUACAUAAAGUAUUUAUAUUGUUAUGGAUUUUAUAAGCUUUAUUAAUGAGGUGCUAUACCCACGUAUUCGUUUCCUCCUCAGCUGCAUUUCUUAUUAUGACCACUAGGAGUAUUAGUAGAACAUAAACCAGCAUCCCAUCUCACCGUGGCGGUCUCGUGCCUCCCCUUUCACCACAGUCGAGGGGAUUUUUCUGUGUAAACGUUAAACAUUUUCAUCUCACUUGCUGUAGAUGGCUUCCUGAAGGGCCUCAGUUUGAAGAAAUAGCUUCAUUUCAUGAAAUAAGGGCAGAAAUAUAAAAAUAUUUCCUGAAUUUUCCAGAUUAAUCAGAAGUGCUACGUUUUGAGAUUUGUGCUUGAAAAUAAACAGGAAUCAAGACCAUGGUCUCAGAUGGUCUUGAUUCGGAAAAGGGUAGAAUGCCUUCUCGGGGUCAGGGAUGAGGUCCUGCUCCAAGUGGAGGAGUUUAAGGAUCUUGGUCUUGUUCACGAGUGAGGGAAAGAUGGAGCGUGAGAUCGAUAGGCGGAUUGGUGCUGCAUCUGCAGUGAUGCGGGCGCUGUACCGGUCUGUCGUGGUGAAGAGAGAGCUGAGUCAGAAGGCGAAGCUCUCGAUUUAUCGGUCGAUCUACGUUCCUACCCUCACCUAUGGUCACGAGCUUUGGGUAGUGACCGAAAGAACGAGAUCACGGAUACAAGCGGCUGAAAUGAGUUUUCUCCGAAGAGUGGCUGGGAUCUCCCUUAGAGAUAGGGUGAGAAGCUCGGUCAUCCGGGAGGGGCUCGGAGUAGACCCGCUGCUCCUCCACAUCGAGAGGAGCCAGUUGAGGUGGCUCGGGCAUCUGGUCAGGAUGCCUCCUGGACGCCUCCCUGGUGAGGUUUUCCGGGCACGUCCAACCGGGAGGAGACCUAAAGGUAGACCCAGGAUACAGUGGAGGGACUAUGUCUCUCACUUGGCCAGGGAACGCCUUGGGAUUCCCUCGGAGGAGCUGGCCCAAGUGGCUGGGGAGAGGGAAGUCUGGGUCUCUCGACUUAGGCUGCUGCCCCCGCGACCCGACUCCGGAUAAGCGGAUGAAAAUAGAUGGAAAUAAACAGGAUUUCCUGUAAAUAACCAAAAAAAAAAAAAACAACAGCUGUGCUGGAACUAGCCGUUAGCCCAUCAGUCCUGUUGCAACGUCCGCUCAUUUGCUAAAUAUUCGGUCCUACGUUGGACCAUAAUGCAACAUUUGCAUCAAGGUUCAGUUUGAUUUGAAUCCUUUUCUCACCUUUUCACCUGGGAGAAAAUCAGACGAGAUCUAAACGUAACCCGGCGAACUUUUGACCUUCCCGACAGCAAGCUCGGACUUGUUGCAUCCUCGUUUGUUUCCUGCUAUGUCAACAAUACCGCUGUUUUGUGUGGGAGUGUGUACUCCUUCGCCAUUCACACGCUUUAGUCCUCAUCGCUUCUAGAAGCUAAUAAUCACAGUCGUGUGUGAUUAACCAGAGCAUCCGUGUUACUGAGUCGGAACAAUUCUGUUCAUCAUCUCUGAUCCGGUCGUGACUCCUGAAGGUGUUGGACAGCUGAUUUCUCUGAACUGAGGCCGUUCAGGAAGCGAACGACAGGUGUGAAGGUGACUCAGACACAGGAACAUUGCGGGAAAUGGCCUAAAUACUAAACCGUCUAAGACGAGCCCCAUUUUCCUCUGGAGGUCUUUAUUUGGAUACCUGGACUAGCUAAUGCCACGUCCCAGCGGUCCCGCUUGGUCAGCUGAUCCCUCUGUCCCCCCAGCUGUCAGCAGGUCUCACCGAGCUGCCAUGUGGCCUCGGCGCUCAGCUAACAAGUCUGUGGGGGGGCGUGUUCUCCCAGCUGUCUCAUUCCUCUGGUGCUGGAUAACACGGGGCUCGGCCCGCCGUCUCCACUACGGCCAUAACUCACCGCUUCUGUCUGCCGUCCCCUGCCAGCGGUGGGGACACGUGCCCCGUCCUGUCCCUCGUCUUUUUCUUUUAAGCUGACAUCUGACUGAAGCUUGGAUUGAGGAGUUUCUCAUUUCAGCACCGUUUUUGUAACGUUUAGCUAUUUUAAGUGCAUUUCUGUGCAUAAAUGUAUCUUUUUAUGCCCUGUUGUAGCUCUUUUACAUGAGAGGACUCAAAAAUCAGAGCUGUUUUAGGACAAAUAUACACUUUUGACCCUUCAAAGUGGGGGGGCUAGUCAUAGCGGGACGGCCCCCAGAGUUCAGAAAGAAGCGUGAGGCGAUUUUGCAGCAACGCAACAAUGGAGGACAUGAUAGCGAUGCUGAUUGCUCUGCUUAGUCAGCUUUGUGUCCGACUCCGAAAGGAUGAAGGCGGAAAAUUCUGGAGCAGCCAGUGAGUCCUAGCCCGGCCUCCAGACUCGUCCUCUGUUUAAAUCUGUACAGAGAGAGAGUCUGGUCACUCACAGGCAGAGAGGAACAUGAGGGGCGGGGCUAGGCAGCUCAAAAAUAACCAAUCAGAAAAAAAAAGACGAAAAUGCUGACUACCGCGCGAUGCUGUAGUUUUUUUUAGCUGUAGUCAGAAAUGGCGUCUGGCGACGGCGCAAACAUCUUUUUUUUAAGAAGAAAGGCUUUUAGCGCUUCUGCUUGUUUUAAAGACAUUGAAGUCAUUUAGACCAGACGAAAGAGCCGCAGCCAACUCCGCUUCAGUCGCCGUGUUCGUGACUAACUCGGUGUUGUGGUGUGUGAUGUGCGCUGUUCAGCGCUGAUUGGGUUUAUUUGAACAGGAGAGUUCCCAGACCCUUUCUCUGUGCAGAACUAGCCAGAGGAGGAGUCUGGCAGGCCAGGCUAAGUGACUCCGCCCCUGACCAACCAGUGACCAACUGUCCUUUGACGUUGCUUUACUGGUAGAAACACCUCAGAACCAAGUUGAGACGCGUUCAGUAGGUGCUGAUCCCAUUAGGUCUAUGCUUAUGCUAGCAGUUAGCUUAUCAGUCCUGAAACUCCCAUUUGUCUGAACUGAGGCCAUUCAGGAAGCUAUCUUGGGUUUGAUAAUAACUCUUGCACAAAAUUACAAUCGCACACACACACACACACACACACACACACACACACACACGUAUUUGUAUGCUUGUGUGGACCCUCCUUUGACUUUCAUUCAUUUUAGUGACUCCACUAUGCCUAAAACCACGUUUCAGGGUAUUUUGUCCUUGUGUGUAUCAGCCAAAUGUCCACGCUACAGGUUAAAUGUUAAAAUUUGUCCACUUAAGCAUAUAAAGACAAGUACACGCACACUGAUGUUGCUCCUCGGGGCCUUUUCUUGGACGGCACGUUUUCAUCUCCUCAGAAAUGGUCUCGACCGUGGUGGAGUCAGCCAUCCCUUGCGUUAACAGACUCUGAGCGGUCCACUUUUCAUCCUGCUGGGUGGUCCCAUUCAACACGGCGAGCCCGGGUUUCUGAGGGAAUUCGAUUGAGUCCGACUUCCCGGCCCGAGUGGCAUUUUUAAACCUUGAUCUUAUUUAAUUCAGUCUCUUUACUUCAUAAGAACAUCCCAGCAGCAUUUGUUAAGCAUUGAGAAAGCAGUCCUUUUAAAUAUUUUACUGUAAAACUUUAUUUUAUGGGUCAAAACUCACCUCCAAUAGAGUGCUGGUGCUAUUCCAUCUCCUAUCUGUUAUUUUUUUUAAUAUAUAUAUUCCCUUUUUUUUAUAUUUUAUUAUCUUUCCCAGAUUCCUUCUCAGUGGCUUUGGCAGGUUUUCAUGUGCACAUAAGUGACAUUUUAUUCCAGAAUAGGAUGUUUUCUGCCAUUUUAUUUUAAUCAUAACACAAACCUUCUUAAUUACGUGUUACCUCUGUUCACGGUAGUCACUUCUCACGUUAUUGUUGUAUCUAAAGCACCACUGACUUCCUUGUACCUUUAUUUUAACUCUCAUGUGUGUAGUGGACUGUAGAAAGCUUCAUUAUUUAUCGUUGAACCUUCCUCGUGUCCGCCAGGCUGCUCCCGCUCAUCCAAGGGAAAUCACCUUUAGGAAAACGAACUCAUCUCCACCUCGUCGGAAACGUCUUUAGUUUUAUCACCAUUCUGUUUAGCUCAUAUUACUUUGUAUUUGAUUAAUUUCUUUAUUUAUUGAAUAGCAGAUCUGUGCCAAGGGAAAUACUCUUUUAUUAAAAUAUGAACCUGUUCAUCGUAAGCUCACUA